UAACGUUAGCUUAGCUGCCUCCGCGGCUAACUGCAGGCUGUUGGUUCGCUCUCUUCCGUCUUUCGAACGUGUGGUUUAGCGGAAGUCGUUGUUGUUCUUUAACUUUAUUGCGAAUCGGUGGCAUGACGUUUUCUUUUUCUUUUUUUGUGUUCAGAAAGUGAACUUUCCCCGGACUAGACGCUAACUUGUCACGUCGCGGAGGCGUCGUUGAAAACUCGUUGUAGCGACUCGUCGUCGCAACAUGGGCCCGUUAAACCGUUCGCCAACCGACGAUUUUUUUAAAUGCAAGUCACACCACAGAGCCCAGGGGACCCGGUUAACGCUAACGUUAGUUUUCACCGCCGUUGGUGCAACCUGCGUGGAGCAUUAACGGCGACAUGUGACGUCAGAGCAACCGUUAAACAACCUCGCGGCGACUUUCCGCUCCCGACGACGAGUAAAGUAAAGCUAAAAGUUGUCAUUAAACGCCGCUCGAGUCUCUGGCUGCUACAGUUACUGAAUCUUGACUUGAGGGAGCAGAACCUGCCGCCACCAUCCCUCAGUCUGGCAAUGAGAACACCAGGCUGCAUCGGUCAGCCACGUAGCAGCGCGUCGUUUCCCCUAUCGUCUCUCUCCUGCCUCCCCGCUGAUCCUUCAGAGGGUGUAUUUCUGUCCUCCAGCCAAUGGGGGGAGGGUCCAGAAAUCCCUCUGCCCACCCAGCUCAAUAAUUCCAGCCAGUGGGGAAAGUCGGGCUUCCUUCACCAGCGCUCCCUGAGCAUGGUCGAGACCAGCAGCACCGCGGCAGCGAGUCUCGGCUGGCCGGCGACUGACCUGACGCUCUCCCAAAGUGACAUCAGCCCCGCCGCGCUGAACUCCAGCUCCUCUUCCACCUCAUCCGUUUCCUCUUCACGCUACAAGACUGAACUGUGUCGAUCUUUCUCGGAGAGCGGCCUGUGCAAGUACGGCGGCAAGUGUCAGUUUGCCCACGGGCUGGAUGAGCUGCGGGAUCAAAACAGACACCCGAAGUACAAGACUGAGCCGUGCCGUACGUUUCACACCAUCGGCUUCUGCCCCUACGGGAUCCGCUGCCACUUUGUCCACAACAACGAGGAGGAAAUGAAACCUUCCCUCUCCCGCUCCUCCUCCUCUUCCUCAUCGUUUUCCUCAAGCGUUCCCCAGCAGCCACCUCCCUCCUUCCGCUCGCACAGACCACCUCUUGUCCGGCACAGCUUCAGCUUCGCCGGGUUUCCCUCUGCCCCCCAGCCAGCCCUUCAGCCUCCCCUUCCCGCCCGCCCCCCUGCCACUGCUGCCUUCCCGCACGCUCCGUCGGCCUCGCUUCCCUCCUGCGCGGAUAUUACCGAUCUCCUUUCUCAUGCCUUCCUGGAGAUGGACUCUGCCUUUGAGGCCUCCCCCGCGCACCAGUACCAGCCCCCCAUGGGCCAGGCCACCGCAGCGGAUCCCCGGUCUCCAUUCCUGCCCUCACCGGACUCCGGCUGUUCUCCGAGUGGUCUGUCUCCGACGGCGUCCCCUUCCUUGAGGCAGAGCCCCAACGCCGUCGGGGUGUUUCCGGGGCCGCUGGGCGCACGGUCCCUGUCCUACACCUCUCUGUCUGACCAGGACCCGGAUGGAAGCAGCUCUGCCAGCUCGCUCAGUGGCUCUGAAUCCUGCGGAGGCAUCAACGAGGCCAACGGCAGACGUCUGGCUGUGUUCAGUCAGCUCUCUGUUCCUGAGGAUGCUGCUGGCUUCUGCCUUUAGGCCUCAGUGUGCUGUUAACACAAACAUGCAUUUCGAUAUAUAUAUAUAUUAUAUAUUUUCGGACACUCACCUGCAGGCCCCGACUAGUCUACGUAAUAUAUGCUGAACGCUCAUUUAUUCAGAUUCAAGCACGCACGAUGCUCGCACACUAGAGCCAUAUACAUGCGCAUACACACACACACACUGCUGCUGCACUGACACACCAAUGUUCUCCUGUGAGGCGUCAAAGGAAACCGAAAGAUAAGACUUAUUGACUGAAUCAGAAAGCAGAGAGAGAUUUGCCUGUUCGAGUUAUGUAGUUUAUAUCUCACUUUCACAUGCGUAAGGGAAGCGACAAUGCAGCACCUGAAAUGUCUGUUGCCACCAAAACAGAGUUUAGGUCAAGACGGAAGUUAAGAGUGUUGCAGGCAAAUGAUUCUUAACCAAAAAUCCAAAUUAAGAUGGUACAUUGCGACAAAGCUAUUGUAGCCCCAGUGUAAUUGGGCCAGUCCAACAGCACCAUUUCUAUUACGUUUUACCAACUUCUACGUGAUAAAAAAAAGUGUGACCAAGCCAAAUACAUAUUUGUAUCUCAAACGUUUUGAUUAUGAUCGCACAGAAACACUAUGUUAAUACCCAGUAUUGUUGUUUUUCCUCUGAGGUUAUGUUUAGAUCACUGGCCUUUAACCCGAAUGUUAAGUUUUUAAACAACUGAAGUGCCUGUUGCAUUAUUUACCAGGUCGUGUGUUGAAACAAUAUUUGUAGUUCGUUCAGAGAGAUGUGUGGAUUGGACGCAGGUCUCUUAAUUUAUUCGAAUAAGCUAGAGUUCAAGUUUCCUUGUUGUUAAGAUGACUACAAGUGUUCUUUUGUGUCUUGUGCAUUAUUGAUAAACUGCCAACCGUAAAAUGUCAAGUGGCCUUAACGUAACAUGCCAUACGGGGGGACGGAGGGAGGGGGGGUUCAGUUUGAGCUUAACGAGAAAGCCAAGUGGCCGUACUUUGUCAAAUCCCGUGUCCAUCCCAUGUCCGUGACAUGUCCAUGACCUGUCCGUGACGGCAUGAGUUGCCAACUGGAAAAGCCGGGCAUGGCUGUUUGUUUGCCUCUGAAAUGUGAAAUGUGGUCGCACAAGUGACGGCAUUACAGGAUAUCAAUCAGUAUGGUGAGUCAAAGAUGGACACACACAGAGAAUGAGAUGCCGUCACAUUAUUUAGCAUCUUAUUUUGGAUAAACUGAAAAUGGUAUUUGGCAUAGAAGGAAAUUUUAAUCAAGUCAUGUAAAUCGUUCACGUCCGGUUUUACCUCUGGCAUUUUUCCUAAAUACUUUGUGGUGCUAAUAUGUAUUUUAGAUUAUCUUAAACACAACAUUCCCAUGACCCUCCCCCUCCCUCUUUUGUCCAAAGACCGCAUUGGUGUUACAUUUUUGAUAAAUAUUCCUUUUUUUUUGUGACUCUGCACACCAUGUUUCUACUCUGCGUCAAUAUUAAUUUCCCUGUUCUGGCUUUGUACUGUUAAGAAUGUGUAGCGUUCCUGGUCACAUGGAUGUGAACUUUGUGCCCGGGUCUGUUGCCUCACUGAGCUCGAUCCAGCAUUCUGUAGGGUUAUGGUAUGUGUGCUUAGUGUUCUAGAUAUGUUACUUGUGUGUUAAUGCAUAGUUGGUUAGAAGAACAGACGCUGUGCUGUUUAUGGUCUAUUUAAAAUUGCCUUUCAUCAACAAGUUUAAGGCCUGUUUAGUGUUAAAGGUGAUCUUUAGUAAAUUAAUUUCUUUAAUUUAUUUUAACAUAUUUAUAGAGGACUUUGAGUUGGUGAUGCUUGUAUCAAGUUUAAUAUAUUUGGUUUCUCUUUUUUCUUUUUGCUAUUUUGUACUGGAAAUAAAGUUUGGGGAUUUUUUUUUAA